UUUUUUUGUUACCAACUGUCUUAGUAAAGUCACUAUUUUUUUCUAUUUUCUACCACAUUAAAAAUUCUAAUUUUGUUAAUUUAUACACAAAACAACUCAAAAUUUGUUGUGUUAAAUAAUUGUGCCCCAAAUUGUGAGAAAAUUCAAAGAAAUAGAAAGUGAGGUUAGAUUUAACGUCACCUCAAAGUGACCUAAUUAAUUACACAAAUUUAUUCUUAUCACUGUUAUCAUAGUGACUGUGCAAAACAAAAACCAAACCAGUUUUUCAGAUGGUCAGAAACAUCCUGAAAUUAUCACAAAAAAUGUCACAGGAAAUCAUCAACAAAUUCCAACUUCCGGCCCGUUACGCAGGAAGUGAAAAAAGCGUGUGGGUCGAGUACAUUCAGUUGGCUGCGGAUUACAAACCGUUGAAUUUAGGGCAGGGAUUCCCCGAUUAUCCGCCCCCUAAACACGUGACUGAUGCUUUAGCCGACGUUGCCAAAUCACCCAACUGUCUUCUCCACCAAUACACGCGCGGUUAUGGACAUCCCCGGUUGGUGUCCGCCAUUGCGAGGCUAUACUCGCAUUUGAUUGGUCGCGAGAUUAAUCCACAGACUGAAGUUUUGACUACAUUGGGGGCCUACGAGGCACUUUUUUCCACAAUUGUGGGUCACGUGGACGUGGGGGAUGAGGUUAUAAUAAUUGAGCCGUUUUUCGAUUGUUAUGAACCUAUGGUGAAGUGUGCGGGGGGACUCCCCCGGUUUAUCCCCUUGCGAUUGCGCGAAAACGUGACCGGGGAUUUACCGAGUUCAGCCGAUUGGGUUUUGGAUAAAAACGAGUUGGAGGGGUUAUUCAACGAUAAGACUAAAAUUAUCAUUUUGAAUACCCCCCACAACCCCUUGGGGAAGGUUUUCAAGAUGGCGGAACUCGAAUUAAUUGCAAAUUUGUGUAAAAAAUGGAACGUUUUAUGUAUUUCAGACGAAGUUUACGAAUGGAUUGUUUAUAAACCCAAUAAACAUGUCAGAAUUGCAACGCUACCUGGGAUGUGGGAACGCACAAUUACGAUUGGUUCAGCUGGUAAGACUUUUAGUGUCACGGGAUGGAAACUGGGUUGGGCUUAUGGCCCCGCCCAUCUCAUGGUCAACCUCCAAAUGGUGCACCAGAAUUGCGUCUAUACGGGGAAUACCCCGGUCCAAGAGGCCGUUGCUGUCAGUUUCGAGAAAGAGAUAGCGAGAUUAGACAAAGACGAGUGUUAUUUUAACUCAAUUUCAAGCGAGUUGGCUGCGAAACGUGAUUUUACAUCGAAGUUUCUAUGCGACGUCGGAAUGAAGCCGACGAUUCCCGAAGGCGGGUAUUUCAUGGUCGCUGAUUGGUCGCCGUUAGAGUCCAAAGUGGAUUUAGCCACAGAGGGGGAUAAAUACAAGGAUUAUCGGUUUACGAAAUGGAUGACGAAACAUGUGGGUUUACAGGGGAUUCCCCCAACGGCUUUUUACAGUGAGCCGCAUAAAAAUCUAGCCGAGAAUUUUGUGCGGUAUUGUUUUUUCAAAAAAGAUGAGAAUUUGCAAAAAGCCGCCGAAAUUUUGCGUAAUUGGAAGUGUGGCAAGAAUUAAAUUGAGGUUUGAAUAAAGAAUUAUUUUUUUGGUUAGAA